AUGGAGCCGUUCAGCCCGCGCGCUCGCGCUGCCCGUUCCGCGCGCUCCGCCAUCUUGACCGGAGAGACGGCGCGGGGUGCGCGGAGCGGGCUGCAGGCCCGGCCCCCGCCCUGCGGCACCAUGAGCGCCGCCGCCGGGCUGCGGCCGCUGCUCGAGACGCUGCAGGAUCCCGCCGCCCCCGCGGGGGACCUCACGGACGCGCAUCUUUCUCUCGUCAACCGCCUGUCUGGUGAGGAAGGCAAAGAAUUCACUGUGGGAGUCAGAAAACACUUUCCUCAGCUUUGCAGAAUAUUUAAGGCACACAUUAGUAGUGAAAAUUCAGAGCUGAGUAACGCAGCAUUACAAGCUUUGGGGUUCUGUGUUUUUAAUUCAAAGAUCACCUCUGAAUUAUCUGCAUCUGAAGUAGAAGAUUUGCUUUCCACGUUGAACAGCAUUGCUGUGAAGACUUCAGACAAAAACACUCGCACUCGAGCACUUUGGGUGAUCUCUAAGCAGACGUUUCCUUCUGACAUUAUUAAAAAGGAGGUGUCCAGUCUUAUUUCUACACUGGAAACCAUACUUACUAAAGGAGAUGUACAGUCUAUGAUUGUGGAGUAUGAAGCACUGAAUGUUGUUAUACGCUUAAUGGAGCAAGCUCCAGCCCAGAUGGGAGAAGAGGCUGUGAGGUGGGCAAAGCUGAUCAUCCCUCUGGUUGUCCAUUCAGCUCACAAAGUGCAGUUACGAGGUGCCACUGCGCUGGAGAUAGGCAUGCCACUGCUGCUCCAGAAACAGCAGGAGGUGGCAGCUGUAACUGAGCAUCUGAUGACCACGAAAUUAAUUUCAGAACUUCAGAAAUUAUUUUCUACAAAAAAUGAGACGUAUGUAUUAAAGCUGUGGCCGCUGUUUGUCAAGUUACUUGGGAAGACUCUGCAUCGUAGUGGCAGUUUCAUCAAUUCUUUGCUGCAGUUGGAGGAACUUGGAUUCCGUAGUGGCUCACCAGUGGUCAAGAAAAUAGCUUUCAUUGCAUGGAAGAGUCUAAUAGAUAAUUUUGCUCUAAAUCCAGAUAUUUUGUGCAGUGCUAAAAGGCUGAAAUUGCUGAUGCAGCCACUGAGCUCAAUCCAUGUGAGAACAGAGGCUUUGGCACUGACAAAGCUGGAGGUCUGGUGGUAUCUACUCAUGAGGCUGGGACCUCAGCUGCCUGCUAACUUUGAACAGGUCUGCAUACCAUUAAUCCAGAGCACUCUAAGUGUAGAUUCUUCUGCUGCACUACAGGGAACUCCCUCACGUGUGCCAUCCAACCCCAGUUUAGCAAACCCUCCACAGAAACCAGGUCCUUAUCCAUUUGCAAGUCCAGCCACACCAAGGAUGAACUUGAAUUCCAGUACUGCAGGACCGGUGGCAAUUCCUUCCAUUCAGCUUCUGGGAAUUGAAAUGCUGCUUCAUUUCUUGAUGGGACCAGAAGUUUUGGAUUUUGCAAAGCAAAACAAACUUGUGCUCAGUUUAGAGCCUCUCCAGCACCCCCUGAUUGGUAGCCCAUCCUUUUUUUGUAAGCACGCCAGCACAUUUAUAAAUGCAGUUCAGGAUGGAUUUAUUGCAGUUGGAAAAGAAGUUCCUGAAUCUAUGCUGAAUAAUAUCUGGAAGGACAUAAAUGGGCAUGUGAAAACAGCUAUUGAAUCAGGUAAUAAGAAAGAAAAGCAAGGAUCAGAAGUGCUGACUAUGUUGCUCCAGGCCUUAAAGAACAUUGUUAGAUCAAAUUCUCUUCCUGCACAGAAAGCACUGUCCCUCAUUGAUAUUACUGUGAAGGAAUUACCUCCCAAAGCAUUGGGAUCACCAGCUUAUCAGAUUGCUGAUAUGGAUCUUUUAAAUGGAACACCAGCUUUGUUCUUAGUUCAGCUGCCUUUCCAUAACAACCUCUUGGAGUGGUGUGUGACAGAUGAGAGAUUCUUCAUCAUUCUGGAAACUCUCAUGCGCUAUGUUUUGUCUGGGCCUACAUCUCCACUGGCUUUCAGUGAAUCUGUGCUGUGUGUUAUAAAUCAGAAUGCCAAGCAGGUGGAAAACAAGGAGCAUCUUUGGAGGAUGUGGAGUAUUGUUGUUAGCCCACUGACUGACUGGAUUAAUCGGACUAACGAAGUAAAUCAAGGUGACGCUCUGGAGCACAACUUCAAUGCUGUCUAUAAUGCUCUGUUGCUACCAGUAUCCCAUAUCUUCCCUGUUCAGGACUUUCCCCAGCCAACUAUGAAAUCCUUGCUUCGUGCUUGGUCAGACCUGUACAGAGCAUUUGCUCGCUGUGCUGCUUUGGUUGCAACAGCAGAAGAGAACCUGUGCUGUGAAGAACUGUGUGCCAAAAUAAUAUCUGGGCUAGAAGGUGAAACUCCAGUAAUGUCUGCAAUGCUGGAUGGUCUCACCCACGUUGUGGCAGUUAUGGUGGACUGCAUCAACUUUUCACCCUAUGGUAUUAAAUAUCAGCCAAAAAAUAGAUCUCCACAGACACCUACUGACUGGUCUAAGAAGAAAAGGGAGCCCCUUGGGAAGCUCUCCUCCCUGUUCAAGCUCCUGGUGAUGUUACUGGACUCCUUUCAUGCUCUCAGUUCUGAAGAAAGCUGCCCAGAAUCGUUGGCAUCUGUUGGUCAUUCAGUUAUUGCUGUUCUUCACAACAUCAUCAGCCACGUUUCUUUGCCUUCGGUGAUAGGGACCAUGUUUGCAGUUUUUUCAAAACCACUGGCAGUGUUUUAUGAGAAAACAAAGCUUGCUGAUGUACCUAAAGCAUACAGUAAUCUUAACAGCAAGCUUGAAAAACUCCUGGCUGAGAUUAUCCUGUGUUUACAGUCCCACUGCACGGGCAGCUAUGACAGUGAGCUGCUGGAGCAGCUUUCUCCAUUGCUCUGUGUAGUAUUUCAGCAUAAGAGCAAACAGAUACGCAAACAGUGUGCCAACUUCUGGAAUGCAACAUUUGCUAAGGCUGCAUCACUGACGUACCCUGAAGAAUUAAAACCUGUGUUAAGCCAAGCCAAACAGAAAAUGCCACUCUUGCUGCCUGGUUUUGAAAGCAUUGAGAUAGCUGACGAACAAAGCGGCCCAUUCUCUGAUGAGGCAGAAAACUCCCAAUGGGAUGCAAAGCUGAGUGGAAUGGAAGUAAACUUGGGUCAGAAACGAGACUCUAUAUUGGCCCAGACAAGUGAACUAAAAAAUGAAGUAAAGGACAAGUCUGAUAAUGUGCAAGUCUCAUCUGCGAAGUUGAAAUUGGAGUUUUCAGCUUCAAAGCCUAAAAGCGACGUACUUCUGGAAGAAGAGAAAUCUGUUGAUUUUGUAUUCAUUCCCCCAGAAACAAAAGCAAGGGUAUUGACAGAACAUCAAAAAGAAGUGCUUAGGUCAAAGAGAGUUGGUAUUCCUGCUAUGUACAACAAUUUAGACUCAUCACAAGAUACCACCUUAUUUUCUCAAUAUACUCAGAGCCAGGAAGAUUCUUUGGAAAAGUCAUCUUUAAUAGAAAAUGCAAAAGAAGAUAUUAAAAACAAUCCUCAGGAAGAAAACGAAAGGAGUAAAAGCUGUAUUGCUGAUUCAAAUGGAGUCACGGAGGACUGCAAACUGCAAAAUUCACUGGAGGAUGUGAAAGAGAACUCUGCUGCUCACAUAGAGAAGAACUCAAUUUUAAACAGCGAAGGAGAAUUGCAAAGGGGUGAUAGAACUGGAAUCAUUGAAGAGGAGCCAUCAGUUGGAGAGGGAUUAGAAAAAAGUCAUACAGAAGCAGCUUCACAGGUAUCCUUAGUAGGGAAUGAAAACACUUCUAAUGUCAGUAGCAGUUCUGCUUCAAGCGAUGUGAUCUCAGGAACGCCACAGCCUGUGAGCCGGCGGCAAUCUUUUAUUACAUUGGAGAAGUUUGAUGGUUCAGAGAGCAGGCCCUUCAGCCCUUCAGCAUUAAACAGUGCCUCAGGGAUGUCUCGAAGUGCUCCUGUGCCAGAUAAACACGGAAAUACAACCAUAUGCAAGACUGGGCAUAAGCCAGGGAAGUCUGGGGAAGAGAAUAAAAAGUCUUCACAAGCUGAGCAAAUUUCUGCUGCGAAACGAAGGUUGACACGCAGACAGAGUAAAAUGGAACAGCAUGGAAAUCAACAGUCCAAGGUGUUAACUAGCUCAGAACAAGAAAAAAGUGCACAGGAGUCUUUUGUUUCCAAUAGCAUGGAAAAUAGUCCUGAAUCAUCUUGUUCAGUAGAAGACACGGAGCGUAUUCUCACUGCUCAGCCCCAACCUGUCAGCUCUGCAGAGCCAGAAAUCAAAAAAACUGAAGGUGUAAUAGCAGAAAUAGAAAAGGUCCGGGCGUUUGAAAUGGAUUCUAAGGAAAAUACACCCCCGAAGGUGGCUGUGUCCUCUGAGCAGGUAACAGGUGAUGGUAGUCAGGGCCCACAUGCAUCUCUGAGUCAGAAAAUACUGAGACGUUCUUCGAGACGACGGUCGGAAAAUGCAGAACUGGCAGCAGGUAGUCAGGAUAAGGAAGAUGGCUACCAAAAAAAAGACAGACGUAAAGAAGAUGAAAAAGCUCUGCAAAAGAAGGUGCCCCAGACUAAAGAGGAUGCAUCUCAGAAGCAAAAAGCAGUUUGUGGGAAAGCUUCAGAAUAUGCAGUCAAAAAAGAAAGUGGCCUACCUGAGAGAAGUGCUGCAGAGGACUUGGGCUCAAAGGAGCCUUCUGCUCCAAAGGGUGCUAAUGAGGAAGCCAACAGGAGUGCUAGGAAGCCAGAAGAUGCAUUGAAGAAUGACACGGAAAGUCAGGACUGUAGCUCAGACACAGUAGGUGAGAAGAAAAGGGAAAGGCCACGGUACCACACCAGGAGGAGUUCACAGGGAUUGCUUUCCAGCAUAGAAAACGCAGAGGCUGAUGGCUCUGAGACCAAGAAGGGAAGUUUAAAGAAAAAAUCUGGAAAAACAAAAAAUAAAAGUGAUUCUCUUGAAGGUAAACGGAAGGAUGUCCAGCCAGAAAGCCAAAAUCAUGAGGUGUCUUCUCAAGCAGAUGAAAGUAAGAAUGUACUGGGGAUGAAUGAAAGCGAAUUAAGCAGUGAAGCCAUCACAGAUGCAGCACUGAUGCCUGCACCAUCUGAUGUGAAAAAUCAAGUACUGCUUGCAGAUGCUGGCGAUGCUGAGGGGUCUGCCAGCUCAAAGACUUCACCCAAUACACAGACUGCAAGCGUGGAACAAAGCAAAGCUGGUAUGUUGACAGGAUCUUCCAGUGACCUUCAGGUGUCUGAUGAAGGUUUGAAAGGAGAGGAAAAUAAAUGCACUGAAAAGCAAGGAUCUGUGGAACAGCAUUUGAGUGUUCAGCCUGAGAUUGCACAAGGAGCAGAUGCUUCAGGGAGUGACCUUUCCUGUGCACAAAUGCAGGACUGUCAGCACAAGAGAAGCAAAAGGGUGAGAAAAGUAAAGAGCUGCGACUGCUGCUCGAAAAGGAUGAAGCAGCAAACAUCACUCAGUGAGUCAAAAAAUGAGGAUCCUUGUGAACUGAUUGAGCCCCAGACCACUCCAGGUCAGGCAGCUGUCAGUGCAGCAGAGGUGUCUGGCAGCUCGAAUCUGGAGGAGAGUUUGUCCAUCACUCCUUGUGCCAUGAGCACCCCGCUGCCUCCUCCUAAGGAUUCCAGUAUGUCGAGCUUGGAAAGAGAGAGAGCAUGUGAAGAUCAUCUGCAAGGAAAUUGUGGUGUUAUGGAGGAAGAGGUAGAGAAUCCAGCACAUACAGCAGGUGAAAUUAGUGAUCUUGUAAUGGAAGAAAAAGUGAAAGAAGAAGUUGAUGAUGAGAGUGACGGAGCUGAGCAGUGUGUGUCUGUGUCUGAGCGUGCUUCGGAUGAGCCUGGUGACAGCUCUGUGGUUGGAGGGGAUCACAGUGAGGAAAAGGCAGCUGGAGAAAUAGAAGAAAAAAGCGAGCAUGGGGAAAUGGAGGAGAUGCCUGAGGUGCUGGCUGGUGGUAGCAAACCUGAGACAAAGCAGAUGGAUGAGCUAGAAAGCGAGCAGGACAGCAAGGAGAAAGCUGAGAACGCCCUGGGAGAAGUUUGCAUUACUCCAGAUAACGAGAUGGGAGAGGAACUGCUGGAAGCUGAGAUUACAGGGCCUGAGAACAUGGCUGUAGGCAACGAAGAUGUAGUAAAAAAUCAGAGUGCAGAUUCUCCUCAGAAGCCAGAAGGCCUGAAUUCUUUCAUUUCGGUUAAUGAGAGCCCCAGCGGAGUGCAGGCACGCUGCACGUGGUCUCCUUCAGCUUCUCCAUCCACCAGUAUUUUGAAGAGAGGGGUAAAAAGGCACCAAGAAGAUGAUUCCUUGUCACCUGCUAAUAAGAUUCGUCGGGUCUCUUUUGCAAAUCCUAUUUAUCAAGAAGGACUGGCUGAUGACAUAGACAGGAGAAGUCCUGUCAUUAGAUCCCAUUCUUCACCGUCUUCACGAAGUCUUAAAAUCUUAUCUAAUAUUCAGACUAAGCCUAUUACCACUCCAACCAAAGGAUUUCUGUCCCCAGGAUCUCGUAACCCUAAAUUUAAGAGCUCAAAGAAGUGUUUAAUGACAGAAAUGGUGAAGGAGUCACUGCCUUCCCCUACAGAAUGUGUGUAUCCUGCCUUAGCUGGGUGUAAGGCACCCGUUGAUGUAAUUUUACCUCAGAUCACAUCAAAUAUAUGUGCCAGAGGUCUGGGGCAGCUCAUUCGAGCCAAGAACAUAAAGACAGUGGGAGAUCUCAGUACUCUGACAGCAUCAGAAAUCAAAACUCUUCCCAUCCGUUCUCCUAAAGUUUCCAACGUUAAAAAAGCUCUUAGAGGAUAUCAUGAACAACAGGUAAAAUCUCGAGGGUGUGAAGAAAUUGGAGCUCUCGAAGAUGUGGAGAGAACAGUAAACAGUGCAGGGGAUAAAUCUCCUCCUGGGGAUGAGGAAAAACUUGCAACAGAUCUGGGUGAGCCCAUUGCCCUGAGCAGCAGCAGCCCACCCCCUGCAGAUCUCCUGAGCCAGCUGGAAGUGCUGGCUGCCCAGUUCACCUCCCAAGAUCUCCGCAGCUACCCCGGCAGCCGCCUGUUUGAGAUGCAGGAGAAGCUUGCCAGCAUGACAGACUGCAUCAUGAGAACCCUGCGGUCCCGAUGGACGUCGCCACCCCACGACAGUGCAGAGUAGUUGCUUAGAAUUCCUGAGUAAGGAGGAUUUUGUUACAAGUUGUUCCACAAAGCGUAGUUUUCUUACUGGUGAGUUAAUCCUUGAGCUGUACCUUUUGUACUAUAGAAGAUUUUUUAACACCCAUUUGAUCAAAAUGCAUCAUGCUUUACUUCUCCCGUUUGUUUUUUCUAACUUGUAGGAUAGUUUAUUAGAGAGAUUUCUAUUACAUUGCUAUGCAUAUCUCUUUCAGGUAGUGAAAGAAAACUUGAUCAAGUUGUGCAAUAGCAAAGACUGUGAAACCAAACUAACAGAGUAGUUAAAUUAUUUUUUUCAAAUCCAAAAAGUGUUCUUACUGCUGUAAACUCCAUCUGUAUGGUGAGAGAUGGCUCUCACUGCUCUGCUCUCGUGCUGCCCAUGUUUGCUUCCUUCAGAGCUGCUGAAACCCUUCAGCACUUCUGUACUGAGGUCAGCUGUGCUCAGUUCCCUGCUGACAGCAGGACAGAGUGUGUUGUUAUCAGAUCACACUGCAGCUGAUGACAAAAGCAACACUGUGAGCAAGAGACUUUGCAGAACUUGUUGGCCUUUUCCUGUGUUCUAACAGCUUUGUUUGCAGCAGCUCUCCUGUGAUGGAGAAGACCCUUUUCCCUUUGUGGAAAUAAAUGAAUUUGACGUGGGUUCUUUGUAUAUUAUGUAUAGGCUUGUGAUUGCAAAUGUUGGUUAAUAAUUUAUGGUUUUUAAUUGCACGGAAUGCACUGCUGCUUCUCAGAGACCUUCAGAGUUCUCCGUUUUUACCCCUGAAAUCUAAUUUGUAUAUAUUGGACAUUUAUGGAAAGGAAUGGCUCCAGGUGUCAGAACUUCAACAUGUGCAAAUAAAAGAGCAAUUAGUUUCCAAAGUUGUUAAUGUUAAUCUUUAAGCUUAAAAUGAAACAAAUUGCUUCCAAAUUGUUCAUCCCUUCCUCAGGGUUGCUUUGGAAUCUCAAGGUUAGGAGGAAGCUUGGAAGGCCAUCAGGCAGAGCGGGGCAGCAAAGACUGGGGGUAUCUGAGCAGCAGGAUCCCAUCUGUACCCUGUUUGUGCAGCUCAGAAAGUAAUGAGCAAGACAGAGAGUCUUAAAGGACUAACGUGAUCAUUACCAGUGGUGAGUGGCUGGAGGUUUUCUUGUUUCCCUGAUAACUGCUUCCAAAUAUACUUCCUCAGGUUUAAUCAUCUCUUGGCUCCAGGAACAGGGAUGUUUCUCUUGCAAGCUGGCUGUGUGUACCACAGUAUGCUGUGAAUUCUCUUUAAACAAAGGCCUCAGGGUUAAAGUUGCAAAUCUUCCUGCUAUGAGCUCACUUUGCUUUAUCCAAGAUAGAAUUGUUUUCCUGCUUCCAUCUUUGGAGGCUGGCUGGUACCAGGUGCUACCAAAAACAAAUGACCACAGUGCAAAACAAAUAAUUGUUUGUCCAGCUUUUUCACCUUGCUGGGACUGCUGCAUCCUGAAUCUGCUCUCUUUCUGAAUGAAGCAGGAUUGUUUGAAGAUAAAUUUGCACUCUUCAGAGUGAAGUAAAGCAUCAAACAUGCUGCAGAAACAUGAGCUUUAUUUAGUCACUAAUUUACAAGUAACAACUUUUGACCCCAGAACAGAAAAACACCUGCAUAAGAGCUCAGCAAGCAGACAGAAGAGGCUUUUGCUUUGUGAGAUUCCCCCUUUUUUUUACCACCUCCCCUCCAGAUAAACUUUGGUUUGAGAUCCUAAGCUUACAUGGGAAACAAACAUGUUUGAAAGUUUCAGGACAGCCCACAAAGAUUUUUUUCUCAUGGGAGAAUGAAUAAAGUAAUGGUUGGUAAUCAUAGUCUCCAGUACAGGUACAAAAGCUCAGUGAUACAGAACUGUGUUGUGGUUUUGGCAUUGCUUAAAACACGUUGAUAGUAUUUUAUGCUUAAAUGUCUUAAAGGAAGAUGCAGGCAAUUUCAGAAAGGUUUUGGACACCAGAAGCAAGGCAGCUCUCAUGAGCAGCACCAGGUGGUGUUUGCAGGUAGUUUUCAGAAACAAUUUGAAGGGAAGAAGUUUCAAGAGUGUUUUGUUAUGUAUAUUUUUUUUUUUCUCUCCCCAUGCUGGUUUGUAAAGCACUGCCAUUCACCAUGGAAGACAGUGCAGUGCUUUGGUGGUAGAAAGUUCUGUUGCUGACAGUGGGAAAUGGCUGUGCCUGGGGAGGGCUGCUCUGUGGCUCACACAGCCUCCACGUAGUUGGCUGGCAGCAUGCCUGUCUUGCCAGUUCUCUGCACGGUCCCAUACAUCCAGCCUUCAUCAAUGGCUUGCACGUUGACAAUUGUGUCACCAUCUUUGAAGGAAACCUCGUCGGCGUCGGCUGCUGUGUAGUCAUACAUGGCCCUGUAUGUCUUCUGUGAAUUGGAAUAAAGGGGGGGAAAUUAAGAGCUGUUCAUAUCACUGCUGUUAGGUUUUGCUCAGAGUCCAACUACGUGGAGGGUGGGUGAAGCUGUGACUGAUGGCAUUACUGAAAAGUACCACCAGUGGUGGAGUUUUGGCUGGGCUCUUAAAUAUCCUGGUUUUGCAUCACAGAAUAUUGAAAAUACAGAUUUUGAAUGUCCAGUCUUUGUAAGGUAUUUUUUGUUUGCAUUCCUUUGAGGCAGUUGCAGCCUCCUUGGUCCUGCGAGGGGCAGCCAGCCCCCCACCUUGUGCCUUUGGGCUCUAGUGCUUUAGCUGGACCAGACCUUGUCAGAGUGUAUUUGAGUACGACUGUUUAAACAGUUUGUCAGCUCAGGUUAGCUCCAGCCACAGCUGCAGGGUCUGACUUCUCUGGGAGAGAGAAAAUGUAAGAUUAAGCUUUCAAGCUAAGGGUCUACUGUUAAACAACAGAGCUGCUGCACCUUCAGCUGGUUUUGCAGCGAACCUCAGCCUGUGGAUUCUUCUAGUCUCUCCUGCAUGAACAGCAGCCCUGCUCACUCAAAUGGCUAUGAGCUGGGGAGGGGCAGUGCAGUGGCCCAGAGCUACUUACCCCAGCAGUGGAUGGGUGGGAAGGAACUGAUGAUACGGUGGUUUGCUGAGUGACAACAGAUGCUGAUCUCUGUUGUGGCAGCUCUAUGGUCUUAGCAUGUUUAUAACCCACUAGGAAAGCAGAAAACAAAUGGUUAGUUUACAGUUUAAUGCUUUUAGUUGUUAUGGAACUGGUAGGGGAGCGCAGUUGCUCUGACUAAGGAUCCUGGGAUGGAUCAGGAGGUGAUCAGACCUGCCCUUUAUCCACAGCACUACAACUGCAGUUGGUCAGGGCCAAAGCUCUGCACUCAGUGUGCUCCAGCUGUGAGUCCUGUCCCAGCAGAGGGGCUGGGCACUGCCUGGCCCCAGCUGGGAGGAGCUGCAGCUUUGUUCCCAUACCUGUGGCAGUGGUGGUAAAGAAGCCUUCGUUGCUGUAGUAGGACAGGUGCUGAUUCACCCCCUCCGAGGGCUCUGAUUUCUCAUCCCCUCCGCUGAUGCUCAGGGCACUGGCAGAGCGGGAGUGUUCCCUGCUGCGGCGCUGCGCUUGGACUGCCAGGAGAAAACCAGUUGGUUAUGGUGUGAGGUAUAAAGCAGGGAGCUGCCAGCCAGCUGGGGGUGGGCACAAGUGGUUGCUGGCCCUUGCUAAGCAUAAAAAAGAAGCACAGUUCUUAUGUUCCUCGUUUAUUUCUAAUAUCCAGAUUUGUUCUUCUCCCACCCUUGUGCUUGCUGUAUCCAAAAUUUGUACUCCAAUUACUGCUUGCCUCCCUUUGUCAGCUGCCAAAGUGCAAUGGCCCCAUGCUGUUCUGCCACUCAUGCCCACUUUUCUCAAGCGCUGAGCAGGGAAGAGAACUGAGGUACAGCACUUCAGGAGCUAAAAAGGAGGCAAGUGUUUCAGGCAAGCAGCUGUGCUGUCUGUGGAGCUAUGAAUCCCAUACAGCCCUGUGCCAGAGGAGCACUUGCAUAGUUAGUAAGAUGAACUUUGUGAGAACCAGCUCUAUGGAGCAGUUUCUCCUCUCCUUUGUUCUCACUGCCAUUAAUUCCCACUAGAACUGUGCCUAUGUAUAACUGUGGAAAUCACUGCUAACGUAGUGUCUGAAAUAAGCAUGUUAGCCUUUACU